AUGACAGAGAGAUCAUUAAAACAGACUUGUUUAAGUUAUUUGUUGCAAAGAAGAGAAUCAAUACCAAAGAAUGUAAACAUGAUAUGUGAGAUACCAGAGAUUAGAGAAGAAUUUGUAAAUUUAUCAAAGAGAAAGAACUUGGUUGAUGAUCAAUUCUUUUCAGUAUUUGGUGACAUCUUUAUUGGAGGCAGUGGGAAUAAUAGUUUUAAUCAACAACACCAACAAUCACAGCAAUCAUUACAUCAACAGCUACAACAACCACAAUCACAACAAGCAUUACAUCAACCACAACAGCAACAACAACAACAACAACAACUUAUUCCAUCUCAAACACCCAUACAGACAACUGCAUCGGCAUCUACCUCUUCAUCUUCUUCAUCUGCCCCAUCAUCAGGUCAAUGUCAAGUUGGUAGUCAAAAUGGUGGUCAAAUCAAUAUUGGUCAAUAUUCAAAUAGUAGUAGUAGUAGUAGUGGUGUUAAUAUGAUAUCUUCAAGUGCAAAUCAAGGUGGAGGAACAAAUUCUCAAACUCUAUCUUCUGUUGUCCAUUCCAACAGCAAUAUCAAUACUUGUACACAACAACAACAACAAAAAAUGGAAAACGGUCAUUUUCCAAUUGUUUCGAGUGACAAUGACAUAGAAAUGAUUCCCUCUUCAAUUCAACAACAACAACAACAACAACAAAAUCAUUCAAUAACUAAUAAUAAUCAUCAAAAUAAUAAUUAUAACAAUACUAUUAAUAAUCAAAAUAAUAAUAAUAAUUUAAUUGUUCAAGAGAUAGAUUUAUCAUUAUUAGGAAGAUUAACAGAUAUAUCUAUUCAAUUCCUUACAAAGUACACCAAUUUGGUUCAUUUGAAUGUAUCAUUUUGUACGGGACUUUCAAGUGAAUUUGUUAAAUUUUUAGCAGCAGUGCCAGAGAUACAACUUCAAUCAUUGAAUCUUUACAAUACCAACACCACCGACACUACUCUUCAGUUAAUCGUAUCUACAUACUCUCAUUCCCUUCGAUCGAUUGUUUGGCUUCUACUCAAGUGUACCCAGCUUCAACACCUUGACAUUUCUCAUUGCCGUAAAUUGACAUCUGCCACAACCAAAAAUCUAACGUUCCCAAACCUACUCCAUCUGAACGCAUCAUGGAUACCAACAACCGAGACCAAGGAAUCCUCUUUCCAUAAAUGUGUCAAAGCUUGUCCCAAGCUCACAACACUCACAAUUGCAGCAAGUGGUAUUUCCGAAGCAGAACUCUUAAAGAUAUUGAUCGAAGGUGGUAAAAGAUUACUCAAUUUAGAUAUUUCCUACAGUCCAAACUCAAUCACAUCGAUUGAUAGUAAAGUUUUUAAACACAUGUCACAACUUCAAUCACUGACAUUGGCUGGUUGUAGUUUUAAAGAACCAAUACUCCGUCGCAUCAUUGAAUCUACACCAAAUCUCAAAGAGUUGGAUAUUUCUCACCAAGAUGGAGUAUUACCUUGGAGCCUUCUCAUGUACAUUGUGAGUGACUCUAAUAUUCUCCAACACUUGCAUAUGAUCAAUCUCUCUCAAUCAAAGUUUGAUAAAUUUGACAUUGAAACUCUUUUACAUUAUCCCAAUUUGAAAAUUUACUUACCAUCAGUUUAA